AUAGGAAAAAUGAAAUUUGUAAACGCUAAAAUUUCAAUUUCAUUUCGAGGUAAAGUGGAAGGAUAUCAUCCGGGAAUCGUUCUAAAAAUAAACCAAGAUGGACGCUCAUUUGGUUGGAUAUGGGAGUUCUUCUGACGAGGAAGGAACGUCGAAAAAACACAGAAUGGAGUCACAAAAAAUGAGGCAUUUUCCAAAAGACAGAAACUUCAGAAAACGUUCUUCGUCACCAGAAGACAAGGAUGAACUUUAUGAACCAGAAAUUGCAUUGAUGAACAAUGGUCCACAAAUACCACAAGAUAUCGGAGAUGAACUACAUAUGGACUCGGAACAGACGUCUCCUGGUAAUGUACAAAAUUGUUUGAGAUCCACUUCUCCAAGUCCAGUAAAACAUCUCCCAGGAUCGGAUGAACCAAACCAAACGCAUAGAAAGAGUCAAAGCAGAAGUCCUACGUCAGAGAAAGAGACCAGGUCGAAUAUUGAUGAAUUUGGUUGUCAAAUACGACACCCUUCCAAACCAGAGGAUGAAGACCGCGUUGGAGGACGGGAUAUCAAGAGAUCAUCGUCACGUGAUCGUAGACGGUCAAGAAGUCGAAGUAAAAGUCACGAUCAUAAGGAGAGGCGAGGAUCACUGCGAGACGAUAAGGACGGAAAACGGAGGGAAAGUAGAGACAGAAGUCCCCGUUCAAAGAAAGAUAGAAGUCCUAGAAAAGCUCGAGAUGGGAGUCCUGGAAAAGAUGCAAGUCCUAGAAAGGAUAGGGGUUCGAGAAAGGAUCGGAGUCCAAGAAGAGAACGAAGUCCCAAAAGGGAUCGGAAUCGUAGAAGGGAGCGAAGUCCUAGAAAUGAUCGGAGUCCGAGAAAGGAUCGAAGUCCUAGAAAAGAUAAAAGUCCUAGAAGAGGAAACCGGAGUCCUAGAAGAGACCGAAGUCCCCGUCGUGGAGAUCGUAGUCCCAGGAGGGGUGGGGACAGGAGUCCCAGGAGGGGUGGGGACAGGAGUCCCAGGAGGGGUGGAGACAGGGGGCGUGGUUCUACGAGAAGCUGGUCUCCGGAUCGUCCGCAAAAUAGACGUGAAAGGAAAGCGAUUUAUUUAGGAGGACCAGCCAAGCCAAUACCACAACCGAAGGAGAAGGAGACUAUGUCUUCAGAAGAGGUGAUGAAGAAACUCGCACAAAGACAGGAAUCUUUGAAGCAUGAGGCUCAGGCAAACGCCGCAACACAUAACUUGCCAAGUUACCUCAAUCCUUCAGUCGUGAAUCCACAGCUCUACGCUAAACAACAAGAGAAGAGAAAACUGCUCUGGAGCUCUAAGAAAAAAGAUGAGACGCCUACCAACACUGCCGUUUGGUCUGGGACGAAAUUUACAGGUGAUCAAGGGGGUGAAAUGGGUGCUAAAUUCCGGCGACUUAUGGGGAUAAAAGGGGAAGGAACAGCAGAGACAGAAGAUGGCCCCACGAAAGGAGAUCAAAUCUUAACAGACCUUGAGAAGGAGUUUGAACGAUCCAGAGCAUUUCAGCUGUCACGUGGAGCUGGGGGGAAAAGUGGUAUCGGAUUAGGCUAUGCUCCUGCCGGGUAUAACCAGUGAUAAUGAGGAAGAUAUGGCGCUGAUCUGCCUCGCGUAGAACCAAAUUGCUGUAGAUAUUUGACAAUGCUCGCAUUUUACCCCAUGAUGUCUUAGUACCGAAACGAAUCUGCUAAAUAUUGAUAUAUCAGAGAAGAUGUUCGUAUUUGGGGCAUUUGGAAGAACCAAUUCACUUCGCUCUAAGUUAACGCCAUCAGUUGUAUUGAUGUAAGAACUUUGUAUCAAUCUUUCGUUCGCUGUCUUUACAGGAUGCAUUUCACGUGUACCAUAAAACAUUGCGUGAAAAUAAUGCGAGAAAAAUGAACCUUAGGACAGAUUAGAAAUGAAUUAUUUGCUCGACGGCCGUUCAGCUAAAUGAUUACUUAAUGAUUAAUGUAUGCACGCGGUGGUCAAAAUAACUAGUUGCAGACUGUCUGACAUAUAACUCUCUUUUUAAUCAA